AUGGCCAAUUCAAAAUAUGAAUAUGUUAAAUCAUUUGAAAGGGAGAAUCAUUUACUACCAGAUACAUAUAUAGUCAUAAGAGUAGAUGGAAAAGGAUUUCACAAAUUCUCAAAGUUUUAUGAAUUUGAUAAACCAAAUGAUGAAAUAGCAUUAGAAGUAAUGAAUGACGCAGCACAUAAGAUCAUGGAGAAAUAUAGUGAUAUACUAAUGGCAUAUGGUGAUUCGGAUGAAUAUAGUUUCUUAUUACGAAGGAAAUGUGAAUUAUAUGAAAGAAGAGAGAUGAAACUAUGUACAUUGUUUGCAAGCUUAAUGUCAACUUAUUAUAUGUUUUAUUGGAAUCAAUAUCAUCCCAAUAGACCAAUUGUGUGGAAUAUGAUCCCGACAUUUGACGGAAGGGCAAUAGUAUAUCCCAAUUUUGAAGUGGUACGAGAUUAUUUCAGUUGGAGACAAGUAGAUUGUCAUAUCAAUAAUUUAUAUAAUACAACUUUUUGGAAUCUUGUAAAAUUAGGAUUAACACCACAAGAAGCAGAGCAAAGAUUAAUGGGAACCGUAUCAUCUGAUAAGAAUGAAAUUUUGUUUAAAGAAUGUAAUAUAAAUUAUAAUAAUGAACUGGAAAUUUUUAAAAAGGGAACUAUAUUAGUACGAGAUUAUGAAAAUUAUAGAGUCCAACAAGAAGAUGGUCUAAGUUCGAGACAAAAACAAAGACAGGAGAAGAUACGGAAGAAAGCUGAAAUCAGUAUAAUGCAUGUCGAUAUAAUCAAUGAUGACACUUGGUGGGACUCUAGACCUUGGUUAAAAGAAUGA